CGGUCGAUUAAAAAAACUAGCUACCAUUUGGAAUACACGAACUAUUUUCUUUGUUUAAUAUGAUAUUAAUGUUAACUGCCGCUGUUGACGUUAGUUGUUUCCUUGUUUGUUCAAGGGCGGAAAGAUCAAAGUCAAAGUAACGGAGGGCAAAAACGUUACAUAUAUUUUUUUUGUUGUGCAUCUGUGGCCACGGCACUUGUCUCGCUUUUGCCUUGCCUUGCCUGCCUCCGCAACUGCCGCUGGAGCCUGUAGCUACACAACAACAGACUCUAACACUGAAGGGAGGGAUCGAAAGAGGCUGGAGCGGAAGACAGCACCGGAGGAGCUGCACUCCGCGGGGGCUGGCGGCUGAGCGGCUCUUCGUCCUGGUGACUUGUCAACAACUAUGCAAACAUUGAACAUUUGAAAUGAACUGUCCAUAAAGAAGAACAAGCAAGACAAUUGGAGAGUAUACCCAGUCACUUUUUGUAAACACUUUGGGUGCCAUUGACACACAAUGGCAAGCAAAAGGAAGUCAACAACCCCUUGCAUGGUCCUACCUUCAGAAACUGUGGAGCCAGAUCCGGAUAUGGAGGUGGUGACUGAGGAAGAGGAGGGAGCUGAGAGCACAGUAACCGCUCCCACGGAAAGCGCUUUGGUGCCUGGCGAAAACGAGAUGGGGGAGAGCGACAUGCAGGCCGUCGACCGCUACAUCAAGACAAUGGACUCAAGCAUGGCAGAGGGGGGCUAUGAGUGCAAAUACUGCAGCUUCCAGACCCCGGAUCUCAACAUGUUUACAUUUCACGUCGACACUGAGCACCCCAACGUGGUCCUGAACUCGUCCUACGUGUGUGUGGAGUGCAACUUUCUGACCAAGCGGUACGACGCGCUUUCAGAGCACAACAUGCGCUACCACCCUGGGGAGGACAAUUUCACCCGGACCAUGGUGAAGCGCAACAACCAGACUAUCUUCGAGCAGACGGUCAACGACCUGACCUUUGACGGCAGUUUCGUGCAGCAGCAGGAGGGCGAAGACGGGGAGGACGCCCCCGUGUCGGGCAUCCCGCUCAGCAAGACGCCCAUCAUGAAGAUGAAGAGCAAGGCGGAGCCCAAGAGGAUCGCCGUGUCCCACAAGGGGGCCGACGAGGGUGACGUGAAGGUGGAGAGUGAGGGCGAGCAGGAGCCCGGUGAGGCGGCCCAGGUUGGCACGCCGGCCCCCGCUGUCACCCCUCUCCCCGUUGAGCACGCAAAGCCUGGCAUCGUUGUCGGCUGCCCCAACCUGGUUCAGGCGGAGCCGAAGAAGGCCAUUAUCAACCCGGCCACGGUACUCCCAGCAAGCCUGGCCCAGGUCCUAUCUGCCCUGCAGGCACAGCAGAACUCCCAGACGCAGUUGCUGAUUCCGGUUAGCAGCAUCCCGACGUACAAUGGGGCCAUGGACAACAACGCUCUGCUGGUCAACACCUACAACAAGUUCCCCUACCCGUCUGUGUCAGAGAUCAUGGGCCUGGCGGCUCAGACAAAGUUCACAGAGGAGCAGAUUAAGAUUUGGUUCUCUGCACAGCGGCUAAAGCACGGGGUGAGCUGGACCCCCGAGGAGGUGGAGGAGGCCAGGAGGAAGCAGUUCAAUGGCACGGUUCACACGGUGCCCCAGACCAUCACUGUCAUCCCCGCCCACCUCUCCACCGCGGCCAACGGGCUGCAGUCCAUCCUGCAGACGUGCCAGAUCGUGGGGCAGCCGGGCCUUGUGUUGACGCAGGUCGGCGGCGCCAAUGCCCUGCCGGUGACCGCGCCGAUCACACUGACGGUGGCCGGUGUCCCGAACCAGGCGCAGCUCCCGAAACCUGCCGCCAUCCAGACCACCCCCACGGUGGUGGAGAUGAAGCGGGGCGCCACCGUACAGCCCCCACCCCUGACCCCUCAGGAGAACUCCGCCCUCGGCGCCGACAGCCUGGGGAUGCGCACCAAGAAGUCUAAGGAGCAGCUGGCAGAACUGAAGGCCAGCUAUCUGAAGAACCACUUUGCCAGCGAUGCCGAGAUCGCCCGGCUGAUGAAGCUGACCAACCUCACCAAGGGUGAGAUCAAGAAGUGGUUCAGCGACACGCGCUACAAUCAGCGCAACUCCAAGAACAACCACGUCAUCGUCUUCAACGAGAGCCCACCCGACGCCAACAACAGCAACGCCACCAUCGUCAUCGACUCCAGCGACGAAACCACCGAGUCUCCCACCUCUGGGCCUGUCAAGGAAACCAAGGAGACGAAGGAAGCUAAGGAGACAAAGGAGGCAAAGGAAACCAAGGAGACAAAGGAAGCAAAAGAAACCAAGGAAACCAAGGAAACAAAGGAACCGCGUAACAAGACCCGCAAUCCUUUCCCAGAUUUCACGCUCCAGAAGUUCAAGGAAAAGACCCCUGAGCAGCUGCUCCUCUUGGAAGACAGCUACCAGAAGUGUGACACGCCCACCGACGAAGAGCUGAGCAGACUGCGGACGGAGACCAAGCUGACCCGGCGGGAGGUGGAUGCCUGGUUCACGGAAAGGAGGAAAGCUCCAGAACCCACGGAGCCCAAAGUGGAGCAGAAGGACGGCGAGGCUGUCAAAUCCCUGACCUCCUCCAGGCAGGGGAGCCAGACCCCUCCCGGUGGCCGGCGGCAGGGCCGGGAGAAGAUCGGGAAGAAGACUCCGGAGCAGCUGCACACCCUGAAGAGCGCCUUUGUGCGCACCCAAUGGCCCACUGCCGAAGAGUACGACAAGCUGGCGGAGGAGAGCGGCCUGCCCAGGUCCUACAUUGUCAACUGGUUCGGGGACACCCGAUACGCCUGGAAAAACGGCAACCUGAAGUGGUACUACUUCUACCAGAGCGGGAACAUCGGGGCCAUCAACGGCAGCGGGUACAGGAAGCGGGGGAGGGGCAGGGCUCGGAACCGAGGCAAGGGGUGGUCCCGGAGGAACAGGCGCUCCUCCAACUCCAACUGGGGUCGGUCGCCCCCCGCCAUCAAGUUCAAGACUGGGAAGGAGAUUCUGAAGGAGUACUACCUCAAGCACAAGUUCUUAAACGAGCAGGAUCUGGACGAACUGGUAGCCAAGUCCAACAUGGGCUACGAGCAGGUGCGGGACUGGUUCGCCGAAGUCGGCAAGAGGGAGGAAAUGGGCGUUGACCCCUUUCACGAUGACACGGAGGAGGAGCCACAGGGGGAGGGUGGUGAGACGGCGGUGGAGGAGCAGAAGGACGGUGCUGGUGAUGAAGAUGAGGAAGAGGAUGAAACCGAUGACAGUGACACCUGGGAGCCCCCUCAGAGUGUCAGACGAACAUUAUCAGGAUCAGAGGAUUAGUGAUGAUGAUCCAGAAUGCUCACUUUAUGUAUAGUGCAGAAUAAGAAGAGGAGAUGGAAGAUGUCUGUCUCCCUGCAGAACGAGUUUGGCCAUUACAAUGCGGACCAUCUAUGUAGAUGAAAAGGAGUUGUAGAAUUAUUUCCAAACCUGGAGGAUGUCUGGUGCCAAAGUAACGCUGCUGCAGGCGGUCCUUGGAAACAGAGUUGCUAUUCAGUCUGAAUCAACGUUCAAUACCUGAAUCAUGGUUUCACCCUAAAGAACUGAUCAUUAAACCUGUUCGCACAUUAUUUAUUAGAUAAAAUAGGUGUGACCACUACCUCUCCCUCUCUAGUAGGUCGUAGACCACUUCAAUGGUGGUGAAAGUUGUUGUUCUUACUGGUAAUGUAAUAACUUUGCAAGACCAAAUGUUCUUGAACAUGUAUGACAUGUCAUCAUAUGUUUUUUUAAGUUCAGGAGAAUGACCCUUUUAUUUAUUUGCCCUCUCACCCUUGUUAAAGGGAUGCAGUGUGAAGCCCACAAAUGUGGAUUAUUCAAACUGGUACUUUUUGUCCCUUUUGGCCUUCGUAUUAAUUUCAAAUUUUGUUUGACCAGUAUUUAAAUUCUCCUGCUUAACAAUGCAAAACUGUAUUCAUACUUGUGUUUGAGUUUUAAGUGCUUUUUUUAAGGACUAACCAAAUAGGGGAGCUAAUCAAACUUUUUCUUUCCUUAAGGUAAAUUUUUUUAUUUUCCAUUUUCACCUUGCAAGUAAGUGACAUGCUUCUUUCUGGGUGAAGUAAAACUGCCUAGAAUCCUUUCAGCACACUGUGGGGAAUCUUCAACAUUUUCCAGCAUGGAAGUGACAUGUUUAUAACCAAAAAAAGCAAAGAUGUACAAGUGCACCGGUAUAAAUGAACAAGCACCAUUUCAUCCAAAUCAGAGUCACCCCCAGGGCACAAAGGUGUGCUUUGAAGUUCUUUGUCGUCUUUUUUUUUUUUUUUAAUAGUGGGUUAGAAAAUCAGUAGCUCAGUGGAAACAGCAGCUGUGUAAACUGAGCAAAUUUAGUUGCAUCUCCAGAUGCCCCAAGGCACACAAUCAUGCCAUGUCUUUUAGAAAUGGUCUGGGCUAAUGGGAUCGGGCUUAUGUUCUGCUGUCAUUGAGUGUGUCUGCAUGUGUGCCUGUGUGUGUGUGUGUGUGUGUGUGUGUCUGUGCGAGCGUGCGUGCGUGUCCCCAUUUUUAAACAUCAGGCUGGACCUUCCUGACUGGCCCUCCUUUUAAAAUCAGACUGUUUGGUUUUCAGAUAUGCAACAUUAACAGAAAAAUGUGAUGAUAGUGCUGUUUUAGCAAUUAAUGGGGGCAAUUUGAAAUACUGUAAAAUUAUUAUUUUUUAUUCCUCCUUCAUGGGUGGCUUCUUAAUAUUUUAAAUUACUUUAUAAAAUUAUUUAUUGGUUUAUUGUAUGCUCAGAAAAACAAGUAUAGUCACUUACAGAGCAAUAACAAAGUGUUCUGAACAUGAUCAGUGACUGUCGUUCCAAUCUGGAUCAUAAAUAAACUGCGCCUAAUGUUAAGAUUCACAAUCAGUGUGCAUUGAUUUUUACCCUUGACAUGCAAGAACAUGGAGAAGUGAAACAGACACUGUCUUGUUCCAGGACUCUUCUCUGAACUAGCUUAUAUAGCGGACUGUGUUGUCGGGAGUGUUUGACACUCAUCGAGGACAGACGACAGUACCUAGGUCACAGGUACUCAAGAGACUUUUGAAACUUCUGUUUCAGGCUUCAUGUUGCUACAGACUUUUCCUGCUCACAAAU